AGGUGAAAGGUGGCACGCAGGCUCCAAGAUCCAUGGACGCUUGUGGAGGACCCUUUAAAUGCUGGCGAUGGAGGGCGGGGUCGUCGUCAGGGACGCGGCGGAGAUGCUUGGUCUCCAGGAAGUGACGCUAGUGGCCGCGGAGAUGGAAGAUUUACUGGACCUGGGAGAGGAGCGGCGCCGCAGCUUGGCCACCUCCGGGGCCAAGAUGGGUCGCCGUGCUCAACCGGAGUCAACACAGGCUGAAAAUUACAUCAGUAACAGAAAUUCCUCAUUGACUCAGACGGGAGAGGCUCCCCCUCCGAAACCACCUCGAAGACAGGGAGGCUGGGCUGAUGAUUCCAUGAAGAUAUCAAAAUUGGGAAAGAAACUUUCUGAAGAGAUAGAAGUUCAUCGCUUCAGACAGCACAGUCAGGCUGGCUCCAAUGAUGGAGAAGAUAUUCCUGUGAUUCCGGAUCUGGAAGAUGUACAGGAAGAAGACUUUGUUUUGCAGGUGGCAUCCCCUCCAAGUAUCCAGGUAAACCGUGUGAUGACCUACCGUGACCUGGACAAUGACCUCAUGAAGUACUCAGCUUUUCAGACCUUGGAUGGUGAGAUUGACUUGAAGCUCCUCACCAAAGUACUUGCGCCAGAGCAUGAAGUGCGAGAGGUAUGGUGCUCCUGCUCCCUGCCCUUAGCCCUCUGGAGCAAGCCGGCUCCCCAGCCUGGCCUGUGCAUCCCUGGAGCCAGGAUGACGUAGGCUGGGACUGGGGCCAUCUGUACACCGAGGUCUCCUCAGAGCUCCUCACUGAGUGGGACCUGCUGCAGACAGAGAAGGAAGACCCUGUGGGACCACCUAGACACACCUGAUCUAGGAACAAAUGCAAAGUCUAAAACCAAGGGAGCUUGCAAGCAGCUUAGAAUUUUUAAACAGAAUAUUUUGUAAUAAAAAUAUUUAUUUUCCGUAGACUAUGUUGAAAAACUCCAAGUCAAUAAAUGGCUUUACUCUGUGA